AUGGCCAAGUCGAAGCUGCCAAUAAAGACCUCUCCCAAAGAAGCAACAGGGGCAACACCAUUUCGACUUGCUUAUGGACAUGAUGCUGUGUUGCUAGUGGAAAUACAUGUUCAAUCGGUAAGAAUUCAAAGACAACAUGAAAUACCGUCUGAGGAUUAUUGGAAUAUGAUGGCAGAUGAACUUGUCGACCUAGAUGAAGAGAGAAUGUUGGCUCUUUACUCACUAAGGAGACAGAAAGAUAAAGUAGCUAGAGCCUACAAUAAGAGGGUAAAAGAUAAAGUGUUUGCUAUCGAUGAUUUAGUUUGGAAUUUUAUUUUGCCAAUGGACAGGAAUGAUAGGAUUUUGGGAAAAUUGUCCCCGAAUUGGGAAGGACCUUUUAAGAUAGUGCGUGUAUUUUUCCAAUAA